AUGGCGGCGGCGGCGGCGGCGGCGGGCGAUCGCGCCUCGUCGUCCGGAUUCCCGGGCGCCGCGGCGGCGAGCCCCGAGGCGGGCGGCGGCGGCGGAGCUCCCCAGGGAGGCGGCGCGCCCGCGGCGGGCGCGGGGCUGCUGCGGGAGGCGGGCAGCGCGGGCCGCGAGCGCGCGGACUGGCGGCGGCGGCAGCUGCGCAAAGUGCGGAGCGUGGAGCUGGACCAGCUGCCCGAGCCGCCGCUCUGCCUCGCCGCCUCGCCGCCCCGCGCGUCCGCCUCCCCGUCGCCGGAGCCCGCGGACGCGGCGGCGGGAGCGGCCGGCUUCCAGCCCGCGGCGGGCUCGCCGGCCCCGGGAGCGGCGGGGCGCGGCGGCGCCCACUCCGCCGAGCCGGCGGCCGCGCGGGACAGCGGCGCCCGGAGCCCCGCGGGGGCCGAGCCGCCCUCCGCAGCGGCCCCCUCCGGUCGGGAGAUGGAGAAUAAAGAAACCCUCAAAGGAUUGCACAAGAUGGAUGAUCGCCCAGAGGAGCGAAUGAUCAGGGAGAAGCUGAAGGCAACCUGCAUGCCUGCCUGGAAACACGAGUGGUUGGAAAGGAGAAACAGGAGAGGUCCUGUGGUGGUAAAACCAAUCCCUAUCAAAGGAGAUGGAUCUGAAGUGAGUAGCUUGGCAGCUGAGCCUCAAGGAGAGGGCCAGGCAGGCUCGGCCUCACCAGCCGCCAAGGGCCGCCGCAGCCCGUCUCCUGGCAGCUCCCCGUCGGGGCGCUCCGUGAAGCCGGAAUCUCCAGGAGUGCGACGGAAGCGGGUCUCCCCCGUGCCUUUUCAGAGCGGCAGAAUCACACCCCCACGGAGAGCCCCCUCACCAGACGGCUUCUCACCAUACAGCCCAGAGGAGACGAGCCGCCGGGUGAACAAAGUGAUGCGGGCCAGGCUGUACCUCCUGCAGCAGAUAGGACCCAACUCCUUCCUGAUCGGAGGAGACAGUCCAGACAAUAAAUACCGGGUGUUCAUCGGGCCGCAGAACUGCAGCUGUGGGCGUGGAACAUUUUGCAUUCACCUAUUAUUUGUUAUGCUCCGAGUGUUUCAGCUAGAACCCUCUGAUCCAAUGUUAUGGAGAAAAACUUUAAAGAAUUUUGAGGUUGAGAGUCUGUUCCAGAAAUAUCACAGUAGGCGUAGCUCAAGAAUCAAAGCUCCGUCGCGGAACACCAUCCAGAAGUUUGUCUCACGCAUGUCAAAUUCUCAUACACUGUCAUCAUCUAGCACGUCUACAUCGAGUUCGGAAAACAGCCUCAAGGAUGAAGAGGAGCAGAUGUGUCCCAUAUGCUUGUUGGGCAUGCUGGAUGAGGAGAGCCUGACUGUGUGCGAAGAUGGCUGCAGGAACAAGCUGCACCACCACUGCAUGUCAAUCUGGGCAGAAGAAUGUAGAAGAAAUAGAGAGCCUUUAAUAUGCCCCCUUUGUAGAUCUAAGUGGAGAUCCCAUGACUUCUACAGCCACGAGUUGUCAAGCCCGGUGGACUCCCCUUCCUCCCUGCGAACUGGGCCGCAGCCAGCCUCACCGCAGCCCAUGGCUGGAUCACAACGAAGGAACCAAGAGAGCAACUUUAACCUUACUCAUUAUGGAGCUCAGCAGAUCCCUCCCGCUUACAAGGAUUUAGCUGACCCGUGGAUUCAGGUGUUUGGAAUGGAACUCGUUGGCUGCUUAUUUUCUAGAAACUGGAAUGUAAGAGAGAUGGCCCUUAGGCGUCUUUCCCACGAUGUUAGUGGGGCCCUGCUGUUGGCCAAUGGGGAGAGCACUGGAAAUGCUGGAGCCUCCAGCGGGUCUUCCCAGACCAGCAUCUCAGGGGAUGUGGUGGAGGCGUGCUGCAGCGUCUUAGCCAUAGUCUGUGCUGACCCUGUCUACAAAGUGUACGUUGCUGCUUUAAAAACACUGAGAGCCAUGCUGGUAUAUACUCCUUGCCACAGUUUGGCAGAAAGAAUCAAACUUCAGAGACUUCUGCGGCCAGUCGUAGACACCAUCCUAGUCAAGUGUGCUGACGCCAACAGCCGCACGAGUCAGCUGUCCAUUUCAACGCUGUUGGAGCUCUGCAAGGGCCAAGCAGGAGAGCUGGCAGUCGGUCGAGAAAUACUUAAAGCCGGAUCCAUUGGUGUCGGUGGCGUUGACUUUGUCUUAAGUUGUAUUCUUGGAAAUCAAGCUGAAUCAAACAACUGGCAAGAACUGCUGGGCCGCCUCUGUCUUAUAGAUAGAUUGCUGUUGGAAUUUCCUGCUGAAUUUUAUCCUCAUAUUGUCAGUACUGACGUCUCACAAGCUGAGCCUGUUGAAGUCAGGUAUAAGAAGCUGCUGUCCCUCUUAACCUUCGCUUUGCAAUCCAUUGAUAAUUCCCACUCCAUGGUUGGCAAACUCUCUCGAAGGAUCUAUUUGAGUUCUGCGAGAAUGGUGACCGCGGUGCCCACUGUGUUUUCUAAGCUGGUAGCAAUGCUGAAUGCCUCUGGUUCCACUCACUUCACCAGGAUGCGCCGGCGUUUGAUGGCGAUUGCAGAUGAGGUGGAAAUCGCUGAGGUCAUCCAGCUGGGUGUGGAAGGCACUUCAGAUGGCCAACAGGACAGCUUCUUGCAGACAUUGGCCCCUGCGAGCUAUCCAGAGAGCAGUUCCCUUGAGCACACAGUCCAUUUAGAGAAAACUGGAAAAGGGUUACGUGCUAUGAGACUGAGCGCCAGUUCAGAGGACAUUUCUGACAGACUGGCCGGCAUUUCCGUAGGACUUCCUAGUUCAACAACAACAGAACAACCAAAGCCAAUGGUUCAAACAAAAGGCAGACCCCAUAGUCAGUGUUUGAACUCCUCUCCUUUGUCUCAUUCCCAGUUAAUGUUCCCAGCGGUGUCAACCCCUGGUUCAUCGGCCCCAUCUGUCCCAGCUGGCUCUGUAACAGACGUUUCUAAGCACAGACCUCAGGCAUUUGUUCCCUGCAAAGUACCUUCUGCAUCUCCUCAAACACAGCGCAAGUUCUCUCUGCAGUUCCAGAGGAACUGCUCAGAAAACAGAGACUCAGAUAAACUCUCCCCUGUCUUCACUCAGUCGAGACCCCCACCCUCCAGUACCAUACACAGGCCAAAGCCAUCUCGACCCAUCCCGGGGAGUACAAGCAAACUGGGGGAUGCCUCAAAAAACAGCAUGACUCUUGACCUGAACAGUGCUUCCAAGUGUGAGGACAGCUUUGGCAGUAGCAGCAAUAGUGGGAACGCCGUCAUACCCAGCGAUGAGACAGUGUUCACCCCAGUGGAGGAUAAGUGCCGAUUAGACGUCAACACUGAGCUGAACUCCAGUAUCGAGGACCUCCUUGAAGCAUCCAUGCCUUCAAGUGACACAACAGUCACUUUCAAGUCCGAAGUUGCUGUCCUCUCUCCUGAAAAGGCUGAAAAUGAUGAUACCUACAAAGAUGACGUCAGUCAUAAUCAGAAGUGCAAAGAAAAGAUGGAAGCUGAAGAAGAAGAAGCUUUAGCAAUUGCCAUGGCAAUGUCAGCAUCUCAAGAUGCCCUCCCCAUAGUUCCUCAGCUACAGGUUGACAACGGAGAAGAUAUUAUCAUCAUCCAGCAGGAUACACCAGAAACUCUACCAGGACAUACCAAAGCGAAACAACCUUACAGAGAAGACACUGAAUGGCUGAAAGGUCAGCAGAUAGGCCUUGGAGCAUUUUCUUCUUGUUACCAAGCACAAGAUGUGGGGACUGGAACUUUAAUGGCUGUUAAACAGGUGACAUACGUCAGAAACACAUCUUCUGAGCAGGAGGAGGUGGUGGAAGCAUUAAGGGAAGAGAUCAGAAUGAUGAGCCACCUGAACCAUCCCAACAUCAUCAGGAUGCUGGGCGCCACGUGUGAGAGGAGCAAUUACAACCUCUUCAUUGAAUGGAUGGCGGGAGGAUCUGUGGCUCAUCUCUUAAGUAAAUAUGGAGCGUUCAAGGAGUCCGUUGUCAUUAACUAUACUGAGCAGUUGCUUCGUGGCCUUUCAUAUCUCCAUGAGAACCAGAUCAUUCAUAGAGACGUCAAAGGUGCCAAUCUGCUCAUUGAUAGCACAGGUCAGAGGCUGCGAAUUGCGGAUUUUGGAGCUGCCGCAAGGCUGGCAUCCAAAGGGACCGGUGCAGGAGAGUUCCAGGGACAGUUACUGGGGACAAUUGCAUUCAUGGCGCCUGAGGUACUGAGAGGUCAGCAGUAUGGUAGGAGCUGUGAUGUGUGGAGUGUUGGCUGCGCUAUUAUAGAAAUGGCUUGUGCAAAGCCACCUUGGAAUGCAGAAAAACACUCUAAUCAUCUUGCGUUGAUAUUUAAGAUCGCUAGUGCAACUACCGCGCCAUCCAUCCCAUCCCAUCUGUCCCCGGGACUGCGUGACGUGGCUCUGCGCUGCUUAGAACUUCAACCUCAGGACAGACCUCCGUCAAGAGAGCUACUGAAGCAUCCUGUCUUUCGUACUACGUGGUAGUUAAUUGUUUAAAUCAACUAUCAUGGAGACAGGUUGUACAGCAAGGAAAGAAGAAAAUGUGGGCAACCACAUUGCUAAUCUGCUGGCCCUCACGCCACUGAACAGCUAGAAAUGAGGCCAGUGGGGAGCCCGUACCUAAGUAUGUGAUUGACAAAUCAUGACCUGUACCUAAGCUCAAUAUGCAGAAGUCCACACUUUGUGCAGGAACUGUAAACCGUGCCUUUCCCAGGACUGGCUCUAGGUGAACAGAAAAGCGGUGGAGUUUGCAUGAUUAAGUAACAGAAGCAGAAAUUUAUUUUUGGAGCACUUUUUCAGCAAUAUUAGCAGCUGAGGGCUCAGGAUCUAUUUAAUGUGUCACUUCUUCCAUUUCAUCUAGUGAUCACAUCAGGGGGGUCUACAAUUCCGUUGGGUUUUUUAUCACUGGCUAUAAAAAAAUAAAUCAGUGUCUGCCUGUUUUAGGUCUGAGUAUCCUAUGAGUAGCAGUAAGUACAUGUGUUUUUAAAAGUUAAUAACUUCUUUAUGACCCACAGUUGAUUUUUUUUUUAACUCCUGGUCAACUGUGGUUCAUUGUGCAUUUUACUGUUGGCCCGUUCAUUUCGUUUUGGGAAAAUAUGGUUCUGUAUUUUCAUUUCACCGUCAUUUGUGUUAAAUAUUCAGGGAAAGGUGAUCUCUUCAAACCAGAAAAAAAAAUAGAAGUAGGUGUGAAGUAGUUUAUUAAAUCUGUGCCUAUUGCAGAGUUCUGUCUUCUCAUUGGCAUUCAUGAAGGAGGGCUCCCUCCAGUCGCCUCUGCCCUCACCAUGUGGGUCAUAUAUAAUCUCACCUAAGCGUCAGCUGUUCUCGGACACAGCUCACAAGGCAGAGCGAGCCUGUCUGGAAGUUAAGUGAACUGUUUCAGAGUACUUUGCUAGCCUAUAGGAAAUUCACACCAUUUAAAUCUUCCUCUUUGUAACAGUCCAUCAUUCAUUCCCACUGAUUAUAGAGUGACUACUGUUUUCCUUCCGCCAUGCAUGUUUUCUGCCAGACCCAGCUGAUAAACUCAUUUCUGCCAGUCAGUAACGUUUUAAAAUAGACAGUAAAUUUGCUCUGCAUUUGAAAAAUGUUCAGAAAGAAAAGUGAACUAAUUCCUGGACUUUGCACAACAGUUUAAUUGUUUUCACCUUGAGUUGAAUUCGGCUGCAUGGAAUCCUGAAGGAAAAUGGUAGCCCUUCAUUUGUAUGUGUUUUAAAUCAAGUACUGAUUAGCUAUUAAAUGUAACUUUGAGAUGUUAAGUUUUAACUCUUCAGAAGCCAGUGUGAUAGAAUUGGUUAUUCUCAAAGACUCAGGAUAAACUAAAUAAGCUAUAUAUGUAGUACAUUUGAAGUGUACAACACAAAUUGGAAGCAAAAUAAGUUCCAAGAUAAGUUUACAGGGAUAUAUUGCAGAUAAUUUUCAAAGGCAGUUUUAUGUGAAUGUGCUUCUUAGUGAAAUUUUACAUUCCUUUGUUUUGAAAGAUUGGCAAUAUUUGAAGAGUUAAAAAUAAUACAGAAAUGUGAAGUCUGGUAAUGCUAAAUGUGUUGUACUUGACUUUUUUUUUUUUUUUUUUUACUUUUUGACUACUUAGAAUUUUUACAAUUCUAAUAAGAUUGUUUCCGAGUCUCUCGUGUGCAAGCUUUAAAGGACGCACUCUUGCCAUUUAUGUACUGGAAGAUCACUGGUCGGAUUAGUACUGUGUCUGACAGAGCUGUAAACUGUAUGAGCUGAGGAACCUCAGCUAGUCAGUAUUACCGUGUAAUCAACAUGCCCGCCGCAUUUCAAACUCACCCCGGCCCCAGAUGUCAGGCUCCACUGUGUUUGAGUUUGUCUGCAGCUCCCUCAGCUUGCUGGUAAUUGUGGUGUAUUGUUUUCGAUGCAAAUGUGAUGUAAUAUUCUUAUUUUCUUUGGAUCAAAGCUGGACUGAAAAUUGUAUUAUGUAAUUAUUUUUGUGUUUUUAAUGUUAUUUGGUACUCAAGUUGUAAAUAACGUCCACUGCUGUUUAUUCCAGUUUCUACUACCUCAGGUGGCCUAUAGAUUCUCUUCUACCAAAGUUCACUCUCACAAUGAAAUUCUGUGUUCUGUGUGACUAUGAUUCCUAAGACUUCCAGGGCUUAAGGGCUAACUCCUAUUAGCACCUUACUAUGUAAGCAAAUGCUACAAAAAAAACCUCUGGGUUAAGAAAAUUUGGCUUAAAUGUAUCCUUUGUUAUUUUAAAUAUAUCGAGAUAUUUUAAUUAAAAUUUUUACCCCUUUGAACCAAUUUUAUAGUAUUUGUACCUAUUUUGGUGUUUUUGUCUUUAUAGUAAAUAAAAGUUUUUGAACAAAA